UUGUACACACAUGACGUCAUGUAAGGAAUACAGUGCGAUAACGGACAACUCGAUCACUGGGCGAAAGAGUUGUUACAUGGAUAAAACACUUUUUAAAAUUAGAAAGUAAACUUUACUUGGGCAGCCUAGAAAGUUUACGAAUUUAUUUCGGUAUUACACGUUAGUUUAUAAGUUAGUAUAUCAAGAGUCACUUUCUGGAAAGAGGAAGAACUCGGAAGCAGCCUGGAUGGAUCCAGCUCUGCUUCGCGAGAGGGAGCUGUUCAAGAAGAGAGCUCUCUCCACUCCGGCUGUUGAGAAGAGACCAGCUGCAUCAGAGUCUGGAUCCCACAAAAAGAAGAAGCCCAAAUUAGACAAGGAGGGCUCUUCUGGCUCCAAACACGGCACUGACCAGACAUCAGAAUGGGGACACACAUUUCCUGACGUUGGAUGAGAUCCUGGAUGAGACCAAACUUCUGGACAUCAGCAUGAAACAGAAGCACUGGCUCAUGACAGAGGCGUUGGUCAACAAUCCAAAAAUCGAGGUUCGAGACGGAACUUACGGCUUCAAACCCAAGUACAACCUGAAAGACAAGAAGGCCUUACUGAGGCUGCUAGACAAACACGACCAGCUGGGUCUGGGAGGAGUGCUGCUGGACGACGUGGAGGAGGGGCUCCCCAACUCGGCCAAGGCCAUCAAGGCUUUGGGGGAUCAGAUCAUCUUUGUCACGAGACCCGAUAAGAAAAAGAUCCUGUUCUACAACGACAAACACUGCCAGUUUACAGUAGACGAAGAAUUCCAGAAGCUGUGGAGGAGUGUUCCUGUAGACUCCAUAGAUGAAGAGAAAAUUGAAGAGUACCUGAAGAAACAAGGCAUCUCCUCCAUGCAGGAAACGGGACCAAAGAAAGUGAUGACAGUUCAAAAGAAAAAGAAGCAAUCCGGGCAGAGAAAGAGACAAUUCAAAACUCACAACAACCACUUGGCUGGAGUGUUGGAGGACUACUCUGAUGGUGUGCCUGGAAAGAAAUGAAGCAGCUCAGGAGGAUCUGCAAGAUGGCUUAAAACAAACGUGUUAUUCUCUGCUUGUAUUCUCUUCAGUGAUCUGUCAUUACAUGAAACCAGUAGCAGGCGUGUAGUGAAAUCUAACUGUAUCGAUCAACUGAGAGACACUGGAAGAGCGCAGACGUCUUUGUGGACACCAAAACCCUUUAAGAAAGGCUGUAAUGAGUCAAUAUUUCUCAUUUUCUUUACCACAUAGCGAAGAUGGUUUAUUUUGAAUGAGUUGCAAUAUGUUCUAGUGGUUUAUUAAAGUGCGUUACAUUUGUGUUUCACCCGGUGUGAGACAUUUUUCCUGUCGUGGUAAAACGUAGAAUAUUUCAAUGCUUUUAGUUCUGAGCUUUGUGGAGUGCUGGAUUAACUUUGGACCCAUUUCUUUGAAUAUUAUUUGAAUAUUUGCUGUUCAAUAAAACUGCCAAAGGUGA